AUGAGAGUUGUGUUGCCUGACAUGUCCCUUGCAAUAGGUGCUGGAGUGGACCUUGAUGAGUCGCAGAGUCGCCCUCCAAAGAGAGAUCAAGGAAGGCCAAUGGUGGAGAACAAUGUGACCGCAGCAACGGAAUUUUUCCUUUUAGGAUUUCAAACCAGCCAAUUUUCUCGAAUUUUCCUGUUCUGUCUUCUUCUGGUGGUUUACUGUGGGACAAUAUGUGGGAAUCUUCUGAUCACCACACUGGUGUCUACCAGCAAGAACCUCCAAACUCCAAUGUACUUCUUCAUCUCACAACUGUCCAUCAGUGAUGUCAUGGUGAUCACAAAUAUUGUCCCCAACAUGCUCCAGAUUCUACUGAAUCACGGGAAAACCAUCACUUUUAUUGACUGCAUCACUCAGUUGUAUUUCUUUUGUUCCUCUGAAGCAUUUGAGUGCUUUCUUCUCGCUGUGAUGUCCUAUGACAGAUAUGUGGCCAUCUGUAAUCCUCUACGUUAUGCUUCUAUAAUGACAAAUAUCCAUUGUAUAAAAUUGUCCGCCAUGUGUUGGUUGGCCAGUUUUACUAUUACUUUGACUAACAGCAUAACAAUAUCAAUGUUAGAGUUCUGUGGGCCAAAUGUUAUUGAUCAUUUUUUCUGUGACAUUAUCCUUUUUCUAAAUCUUGCCUGUUCAGACACCUUUAUUAUCCAGUUGGAGAUUUAUGCUAUUGGUAUCCCUAUUAUAUUAAUCCCAACCACAAUCAUUGUAGUGUCUUACACUUAUAUAGUAUUAGCAGUCUUAAGCAUCUCAUCCAGUACCGGUAGACAGAAAGCCUUCUCCACCUGUAGCUCCCACCUCAUUGUGGUCUCCAUUUUCUACUGGACUAUGUUCAUUGUUUAUGUUGUCCCAACAAAAGUCCUAACAUUCUCCAUGGGUAAAAUCCUGUCCAUGCUAUAUACUGUAUUCACUCCUUUGGUUAACCCUAUAAUAUACAGUCUGAGGAAUAAAGACAUCAAGAAAGCCAUACAGGAAACACUUCGUAGGAGUGUGAUCUGGUGA